AUGGAUCAAAGACUGCAAAACACACACGUAAAACUCUUAGCCUUUGAUCUCCUCUCUCUAACCCAAACCCCCACGUUCUCCACCUCCGACCCGAUCACCUUCACUCGCAAAAACACCACCAUCUCCCGCACGGAAAUCCUCGGGGUCGUCACCUCCCGCGAGCUAAAACCAAACAAAUUUCUCAAAUUCACAGUCGACGAUGGCACUGGCUGCAUCCCUUGCAUUCUCUGGCUCAACCACCUCACCUCGCCUUAUUUUUCACGCCGUAAUCCUGCUAGUCUUAAAUUAAUUUCUGAUAUGGCUGCUCAUUUUGCAUCCGAGGUUAGAAUCGGAGUUGUAGCUAGAGUUCGUGGCAGGAUUGCAGGAUAUAGAGGUGCGGUACAGGUUACUGUGUCUGAUGUUGUGGUUGAGAGGGAUCCUAACAUGGAGGCUUUUCAUUGGUCGGACUGUAUUAGGCUCGCGCGUAAUUGUUACAAUGUUGUUGGUGGCGCCGUGGAACGGUAUCGUGUUGAGCGGGAGACUCCAACUUGCGCCAGGAAAAUUGGAGAGAAAGGAAAGGAGGAAGGUUGA